AUGAGGACUGCCUUUUGGACAUCAUUCUACUUGGACCCUCCUGAUGGUAUUCAGAUCUUCCGCCUCCCUGAUAACCUACGCUUCAACCAUACAACCACUUCAUCUCAGCUCCCACGGCCAACGACGGUGCAUAGAGCCCUAGUGGACCCCAAGUUUCUCACCGAAAAAGCAUUCAAAUCUUGGGCUAAACACGUCACCAACCCUCCCAAGGCGUCUGCCAAAGCCUUUGCAACCAAGCCUUCCCUUCAGUCUCUCCUCGAGGCCAGGAAGGAUGGCUCAUGUGACAAGGUCAACAGACACACGAUGGUUCUGAAGGACCUCGGGUCGGAGAGGAGGUUGGAUUUGUUGGUUCGAAGGGAUGAGGAUUCGAGGAGUUUCAGGGCGUUAGUGAGACGGGACAUUUGGGGGUUGAGGAAGGCUGAGUAA